AUGAGGAGCGUCCUGGUGUUUGUCUGCCUGGUGGGGAUGGCGUGCGCCUUCUCGGUCAAGAGCUGGCUGCGGAGACCCAAGCUGGACGACUCGGAGGAGAACGCGGUUUUCAAGAGCCGGCACCGGCAUUACCUGUACAGGUACAUCUACGCGUAUCCCCCGCAGCGGCGGUACCAGGGCAGUGACUCAUCCGAGGAAGAGGGGGAUGGCUCGGAGGAGGAGGAAGGGGGGGAGCCGUUUUACGCUGGCACCAAGGCAGCUGGACACCCUGCUGGAGCAGCCCCUGGGGACUGCCAGGGUGCACUGGGAGGAGACGUCACAUCCCCCCAGCAGGGCAAGGGCUGCCAAGGGAUCCUGAAAGGGAUCAGGCAGAGGACUGCCAGCAAGGGGGAAGACUCUGAAAAUGAGGACAGCGAUGAGAAUGAGGAGGAAGAGGAGGAAGAAGAAGUAGAUGAGAAUGAGAAUGGUGUCAAUGGCACAAGCACCAAUACCACAGAAGGUAUUGGACCUCAUGGCAAUGGCACUGCGGUGGCAGAGGAGGGCACUGGUGAAGCCGAGGAAGAGGAGGAAGAGGAGGAGGAAGAAGAAGAAGAGGAAGAGGAGGAAGAGGAGGAGGAGGAGGAAGCCGAAGCCACCACCAUCGCAAGCACGACCAACGAAGAGGGUCUGACCCAGGCGACCACUAUGGAUGAUGGGGCACCCACAGAUGCCACCACAGAUGCCACCACAGCUGGGGAGCUGUGGGAGUACGACGUGACAGCCAGGGACCACGGCCGGGGGGACGAGGGCACCACCGAGGCUGGGUACGAGGAACAGGACGAGUACGCACGCGGGGACAGCUACCGGGCCUACGAGGAUGAGUACGGCUACUACAAAGGGCACGGGUACGACGUGUACGGCCAGGAUUACUACUACAGCCAGUGAGCCGGGGGGACAGCCCUGCUGCUGUCCCUGCCUGCCCCA